AGGUGUUUAUUUUUAGCAAAUAUGGUUAAGGAAAAUGAGGUGCCUACAAGUUUGGAAUGGAGAGUCAACAUGCCUGAUGGCUCGUCGCGAAUUUUAGCGCCAGAGUCCAGGCAAACAAGCAAGUUUAUCAGUAGAUUGCAAGGCUUAGUUAUGGGGAUUGUUUUGAACAUCAGGGGUUUUCUUGACAAGGCAUGGAGUUUGGCUGUAAAUGAACCAAAAAAAGUUGUUCAUUGCUUCAAAGUGGGAUUGGCUCUUUCCCUUGUGUCAGUGUUUUAUUACAUGAGGCCUCUUUAUGAUGGUGUUGGAGGGAAUGCUAUGUGGGCAGUUAUGACAGUUGUUGUAGUUUUUGAGUACACAGUAGGUUCUACACUUAGCAAGUGUGUAAAUAGAGCUAUUGGAACAUGUCUUGCUGGAUCUUUAGGAAUUGGUGUUCACUGGGUUGCAAGUCAUGCUGGGGAUAAAUUUGAACCUGUUAUUCUCCAAGCUUCAGUUUUUCUCUUGGCUGCUGCAACAACUUUUUCUCGAUUUAUACCUACCAUAAAAGCACGAUUUGAUUAUGGUGCAAUGAUCUUCAUCCUUACCUUCAGCUUAGUGUCGGUCUCAGGCUAUCGUGUUGAUAAGUUGGUUGAAUUGGCUCAUGAAAGGAUCUCCACUAUUGCUAUUGGGACCUCCAUUUGUGUUUUCAUUACCAUGGUUCUCUGCCCUGUAUGGGCCGGUACUGAGCUGCACCAUCUUAUUAGUAACAACCUGGAAAAACUUGCUGAUUCCUUGGAAGGAUAUGCAGCUGAGAACUUCAGAGUAGUUGGCAGUAAAAAUGUACAUGAGAAAGAUUCCAGUAAAAGAUUGCAAGGCUACAAAUGUGUACUUAAUUCUAAGGUUGCUGAAGAAACCAUGGUUUGUAAUCAGCUUUCUCUGAUACUGAUUGAUCUAGCAUGUUCAGAUCUCUCUCCUGUUUAG